GGCGCGGCGGCAGCAUGGCCACCACCGUGCCCUGCACCCGUUUCACCGACGAGUACCAGCUCUACGAGGAGAUCGGCAAGGGAGCUUUCUCGGUCGUCCGGCGCUGCGUCAAGCUCUGCACUGGCCAUGAGUACGCUGCUAAGAUCAUCAACACCAAAAAGCUCUCAGCCAGAGACCACCAGAAGCUGGAGCGGGAGGCGCGUAUCUGCCGGCUGCUCAAGCACUCCAACAUCGUGCGGCUCCACGACAGCAUCUCUGAGGAGGGGUUUCAUUACCUCGUCUUUGACCUGGUGACGGGUGGAGAGCUCUUUGAGGACAUCGUGGCACGGGAGUACUACAUCACUGUGUCCAUGAGCUCUUUGCCCGCGUUCCUCCCACCCAUCACUUUGCCCCUGAGCAGAGGGAGCCGCAGCCACUGCAUCCAGCAGAUCCUGGAAGCUGUCCUGCACUGUCACCAGAUGGGGGUGGUCCACAGAGACCUCAAGCCGGAGAACCUGCUUCUGGCCAGCAAGUGCAAAGGGGCAGCAGUGAAGCUGGCGGACUUUGGCCUUGCCAUCGAGGUGCAGGGGGAUCAGCAGGCCUGGUUUGGAUUUGCCGGCACACCUGGCUACCUGUCCCCUGAGGUCCUGCGCAAGGAGGCCUAUGGCAAACCGGUGGACAUCUGGGCAUGUGGGGUCAUCCUGUACAUCCUGCUGGUGGGCUACCCGCCGUUCUGGGAUGAGGACCAGCACAAACUCUACCAACAAAUCAAGGCCGGGGCCUAUGAUUUCCCUUCACCUGAGUGGGACACAGUCACCCCCGAAGCAAAAAACCUCAUCAAUCAGAUGCUGACCAUCAACCCUGCCAAGCGCAUCACAGCCCACGAGGCCCUCAAGCACCCGUGGGUCUGCCAACGUUCUACCGUGGCCUCCAUGAUGCACAGGCAGGAGACAGUGGAGUGCUUGAAAAAGUUCAAUGCCCGGAGGAAGCUCAAGGGUGCCAUCCUCACCACCAUGUUGGCUACCAGGAACUUCUCAGUGGGCAGACAGACCACCGCUCCUCCCACCAUGUCGGCGGCCGCUGCCGGGGCCCCCCUGGGGCUGGUGGAACAAGCUAAGAGCUUACUGAACAAGAAGGCGGACGGUGUGAAGCCCCAGACCAACAGCACCAAAGGCAGUGCUGGUGUCACCAGCCCCAAGGGGACCCUCCCGCCCACCGCUCUGGAGCCUCAAACUACUGUAAUUCAUAACCCCCCGGACGGCACCAAGGAGUCCUCCGACAGCACCAACACCACCAUUGAGGACGAGGACACCAAAGCCCGCAAGCAGGAGAUCAUCAAGAUCACGGAGCAGCUCAUCGAGGCCGUCAACAACGGGGACUUCGAGGCCUACGCGAAGAUCUGCGAUCCGGGGCUCACCUCCUUUGAGCCCGAGGCACUGGGCAACCUGGUGGAGGGGAUGGACUUCCACCGCUUCUACUUUGAAAACUUGCUCUCCAAGAACAACAAGCCCAUCCACACGACCAUCCUGAACCCACACGUGCACGUCAUCGGGGAGGACGCGGCCUGCAUCGCCUACAUCCGCCUCACCCAGUACAUCGACGCGCAGGGCCGGCCCCGCACCAGCCAGUCCGAGGAGACCCGCGUCUGGCACCGCCGCGACGGCAAGUGGCAGAACGUCCACUUCCACGGCUCGGGGGCCCCCGUCGCCCCGCUGCAGUGAAGAGCUUGCGGUGGCUGUCCUGGUUCCAGCCCGAUGGAGACGGCGAUGGGAGCCGAGGCGGCAGCCGGAGCUGCGGCCCCCCGAAGCACGCGUCCGCAUGC